AGGAUGUUAUUGAGGAAGUACUGAUUUAAUCAACAGGAACAGUUGGCACAAAGGAACUGAAGAAGGCCAGUGAAGCUGGAGUACAGUGGAUAAUGGGAAAAAGGUACAAGAUAAAUUUGGAGAAUAGGCAGAGUCCAGGAUCUUAGAAGUCUUCGGAAGCCAGGGCAUUGUUAUUUAAGAAUGGAAGAGGAUACAGAUUUUAGAAUCAGGUUUAGUUCUUUGUGUUUCAUUACGGAUCACGUUGGAUUUCAUGGCACCAUAAAAAGCUCACCAAGUGACUUUGUUGUUAUUGAGAUUGAUGAACAGGGACAGUUAGUUAAUAAAGCCAGUGAUGAAGCUAUUUACAAGGUUAAUAAAAUACUACCUGGGCCAAAUAAUUUGGCUAAAAAAACAAAACUAGAUCCUCAAAAUUUAUCCUUUGAAGAGAGAAGCAAUCAAGAAGUCAGUACUUUGGCUGGGUGCUCUGGUGAAGACCAAAAUUAUGAGCCUGGUUCAGAAAAGGAAGAUACUAUCAAAGACGGAACUUCCAAAGGUGAAGAAGAAAACAUUGAUGUAUUAGGAUCCUUGUUAGAUGAAAAAACUAAUGAAUUACUGAAUCAGUUUGCCUGUGAUAUAAAAGAGAAGUGGAAUUCUAAAACUGAACUAAUUGGACCAUCUCCUGAAUUCUCAUUAGGCAGAAUCCUUGACAAAAACCAGAGGGCUAUUUUGCAUAGUGCUAUUAGGCAGAAAUUUCCUUUUUUAAUAACUGUAGGAAAAAACAGUGAAAUUGUUGUAAAACCAAAUCUUGAGUAUAAAGAACUCUGUCACUUGGUAUCUGAAGAAGAAGCAUUUGCCUUUUUUAAAUAUUUGGAUGCAAAGAAAGAAAAUUCCAAAUUUACCUUUAAACCUGAUAUAAACAAAGAUCACAGAAAGGCUGUCCACCAUUUUAUCAACAGAAAGUUUGGAAAUCUUGUGGAAACCAAAUCUUUUCCUGAACCGAAUUAUAGUGCUGAUAAUCCAAAUGUAGUGAUAACAGUAAGAUUUCGGGAAAAAGCACACAAGCACAGGAAAAGAUCUCUUCUUGAAUGCCAGGAAAGAAAAGUUAUGUACACAGCCUUUACCCUUCGAAAAGAAAAUCUGGAAAUGUUUGAAGCGGUUGGUUUUUUAGCUAUCAAACUUGGAGUGAUUCCUUCGGAUUUUAGUUAUGCAGGACUUAAAGACAAGAAAGCCAUCACUUAUCAAGCAAUGGUUGUUAGAAAAGUGACACCAGAGAGGUUGAAAAAUGUUGAAAAAGAAAUUGAAAAGAAAAGAAUGAAUGUGUUUAAUAUUCGGUCUGUAGAUGAUUCCCUUAGACUCGGUCAGCUUAAAGGAAAUCACUUUGAUAUUGUCAUCAGAAAUUUAAAAAAUCAAAUAAAUGAUUCUGCAAACCUGAGAGAGAGAAUUUUGGAGGCAGUAGAAAAUGUUAAGAAUAAAGGGUUUGUGAAUUACUACGGACCACAGAGAUUUGGGAUGGGAAGGAAAGUUCACACAGACCAAAUUGGAUUGGCUUUGCUGAAGAGUGAAAUGGUGAAGGCUGUAAAAUUAUUUCUUACACCAGAAGAUUUGGAUGAUCCUGUAAAUAGAGCAAAGAAAUAUUUUCUUCAAACUGAGGAUGCUAAAGGCACACUUUCACUGAUGCCUGAAUUCAAAGUUCGGGAGAGAGCAUUGUUGGAGUCCUUGCAUCGCUUUGGCGUGACAGAGGAGGGCUGUAUCCAGGCGUGGUUCUCUUUCCCCCACUCCAUGCGCAUAUUCUAUGUUCAUGCAUAUAGCAGCAAAAUCUGGAAUGAGGCAGUAUCUUACAGACUUGCAACCUAUGGAUCAAGAGUGGUGGAGGGUGAUUUGGUCUGUUUGGAUGAAGAUAUUGACGAUGAGCAUUUACCAAGUAGUAAAGUUCAUCUAGUAACUGAAGAAGAGGAAUCAGCUAAUACAUAUGCAAUACCUCAGGUGGUUCUUCCAGUGCUUGGAUACAGUAUUCAGUACCCAAAGAACAAACUAGGGAAGUGGUACCAGGAAGUACUCAGCAGAGAUGGACUACAGACAUGUAGAUUUAAAAUACCUACUCUGAAACUGAAUGUUCCAGGAUGCUAUAGAAAGAUUUUGAAACAUCCCUGUAAUCUCUCAUACCAACUAAUAGAAGACCAUGAUAUUGAUGUCAUGAAGGAAGGUUCCCACAUCGAUGAAGCAACUUUAUCUCUUGUGAUCUGUUUUGAUCUUGAUGCUUCGUGUUAUGCUACAGUUUGUCUGAGGGAAAUAAUGAAGCAUGACUUUUAAAACUGAUCCCGUAAAUAUAAUCGUGUAUGUGCCACUUUUUAAAGGAAAGGGAGCUAAAGUUUCUUGAGCAUCUACCAUGUGCUAGGAGCUUUAUAAUUGUUAUCUCCUUUAAUUACACAACAUCCUGAUGAAGUAGGAAUUUGAUACUGACAUUCCAGAGGACGUAUAGCUAGUAAGUGGCAGCAUCUGAGUUGAAGACUCCAAAGCCUUUGUUCUUUCUAUUAUCUAAUAUCUCGGUGACCUUUAGUCUGUGCUAUAAAAGUUACAGUCUUUCUGGACUAUUAGGAGCAUAUAAUACUGCAGGA